AGAAUCCUCCAAACUUGGCCACACCCGAAGGAAGGGGCACGACCUCGCCAACCCACACGGCCUAUCCGACCCUCAGCCACGCGGCGCGCAGCAAGUCCAGGGCAAUGGGAAAGCGGCGCCAGGAGGGAGGAGCGGCCCCGCCCCCGGGGUAUUUAACCCCAGUCUCGACCCCUCUGGAGCGCCGGGCGUUCCCGCUCCUUCCCUCUUGCGCCUCUCAGCCCUCCUCCCCGCUCUCUCCCCGCGCGCCCCACCCUCCGGUCCCGCGCUCGCCUCGCGCGUAGGCACCGGCCGGCGGGCGCUAGGAGUGGGGCGCGGGCGGCGGGCGGCGCUCGCCUCUGCGGAGCCGCCCCCUGGCUGGGCCACCGCGCACCGCCCAGCCCCCGCCGCCCUGCUUCCCGCACGGAGUGUACCGCGACAGCCCGAGCCGGGACAUCGGCCCCGUGCGCCCCGCAGACUGGCGGGCGGCUGAGGACGCCCGGUCAGCAGCCCACAGCAUGGAUUCGGACUCCGGCGAGCAGAGCGAGGGCGAGCCCGUGGGCGCCUCAGGUCCUGAUGUUUUUAGUUCAAAGAGUCUUGCCCUUCAAGCCCAGAAGAAGAUUCUGAGCAAAAUAGCCUGCAAAACCAUGGCCAACAUGUUGAUCGAUGACACCAGCAGCGAGAUCUUUGACGAGCUCUACAAAGUCACCAAAGAGCACACUCACAACAAGAAGGAAGCCCACAAGAUCAUGAAAGACUUAAUCAAGGUGGCAGUCAAAAUUGGGAUCCUCUACCGAAACAACCAGUUUAGCCAGGAGGAAAUUGUUAUUGUGGAGAAGUUCAGGAAGAAGCUGAACCAGACCGCCAUGACCAUUGUCAGCUUCUAUGAGGUAGAGUACACCUUUGACAGGAACAUUCUCUCCAAGCUUCUGCACGAGUGCAAGGACCUGGUGCAUGAACUGGUGCAGCGACACCUGACGCCCAGGACCCAUGGGCGCAUCAACCACGUCUUCAACCACUUUGCCGAUGUAGAGUUCCUCUCCACCCUCUAUAAUCUGGAUGGAGACUGUAGGUCCAACCUCAAGAGGAUUUGUGAAGGAAUCAAUAAAUUGCUAGAUGAGAAAGUCCUUUAAAUGCCUUCCCUCCUUCUGGACUUUGCUGCUUUAAAAUUACAACACCCAGUGUGGUCAAGGUGAGAAUCAAGAAAGCAAGAUGAAACCCUUGUCAAAGAUGUCAAUGUUCUGUCCUGUUCACCCUUCUGAUGCUGUUGCUGCCCUGAAAUCAGGUGUGUGUAUCCCCGGAGCUCUGAUGGGGUCUGUACUUAACAUCACCUUUGUUCACAAGCUCAAAAGACAUUGAAUCUAUUCUAAGCAGCAAGGCUGCUCUGCUCAUCAAGGUGAGGUCCAUUUACCAGCUCAUCUUGUGGAGUGGAAGGACGCCUGGACCAGGAGUGAAGAGAUAUGGAUUCAGUUCCCAGCUCCACCUAUUACAACCCUGUCCUCUAUAUCCUGGAACUGCGAUGCCUGCCUGCCUACCUCACAUGGCUGUUGUGAGGAUCAAAAGAGAUGUUGUAUGUUCAUGCUUUUGGAAACUCGAAUGUAAGGUCUUACUAUUUUUUCUUUCCUUAGAGUGAAAGGGAUAAACCUGGAUCUAGACUAUUAAGCAGCAGAGAAGAAAAGAAUAGUAUCUAAUGGGUUGGGUUUGCAGUCUGUCUAGAUGUGCUGUUUCAAAGAAAAUAGACAUCCAAAGGUGUGAAAAAAUAUAGCUUCAAAUUGGGAAGAUGUUCUUCAAAAGUCCUGUUUUAUAGGUCUUAGAUGUGCAGAUUUAUGAUCCCAUAGAGGAAAACUUUCAGGGGUGGGGGUGGGAGGACUUGUGCUCCUCUUGUUGGACUGGCCUUCCCUCAUCUAAGAGGCACCAUCCCCGAGGCAGAGGGAGGGUUUAUUUGGUGUACGUGGGAGAAUAGGACAGAAUGAACCCUUGUCCAUCUUUCUUGGCCCUUCACAGUCAAUUUUGUGCUGUUUCCUCUGGUUCGUUAAUAAAUUGAAAGUAUCCUUCAAA